AUGGAGGAUGCCUUUGCAGGGUCAUGCGUACAAAGCCUGUUCGAGCCGAAGGCGGAUCUCUCCCUCUGUGUGAACAAGUCAAUCAAGCUGUUCCUGAAGGAAGUCCCCAUACCGCCGGCCGAUUCGGUAGACAGAGCAGAUGAGCAAAACUCAACUGACGCAAAGAAAGAGCAAAGAGAAAGCGCGCUCAGCGAAAAUUUGUCUCUCCUAAAUGGAUAUGCUUACUUUAACCGAAUAAAAAGCAACAUAAAUCUACUGCACACGGAAUUACAUGGCAUUAAGAGAGAUUUCCUUUUUCAAAAAAAACAAACAAAAAAAAAUAUACAAAAACUCAAGAUCGUGAGGAAGCAAAAUAAAAUAUACCAGAGUGUACUGCAAGAAAUUAAAAAGGAUCGAAGGAGGAAGGAAACUUAUGAACUCUUAUGUACAGAAAUACAAAAAUUAGAAGAAGUAAAUUAUCUUAACAAAAAACAACAGAUGGAGAAAAGAGACAUUGAAGACUUACAGCAAAAAAUGAAGGACAUUGAAAAUGCCAUUCGGAUUAAUGAUGAAAAUAUUCAACGGACAAUUCAACAGAUUAGUGACAUCGUUUCGACGAAUUUACAACCCUGA